AUGAAUUUUGGAGAAAGAUAUUUGCGUGAACCCACUCCUAAAGAUGUUCAGAGGUUGCUAGCUGAGAAUGCGGAACGAGGUUUUCCUGGAAUGCUUGGUAGUGUUGAUUGUAUGCAAUGGCCAUGGAAGAAUUGCCCGGUAGCUUGGCAAGGAACUUACCGGGGUAAAGAGAAACAUAGUAGUUUGGUAUUAGAGGCGGUGGCAUCAUACGAUUUGUGGUUUUGGCAUGCUUUUUUUGGAAUGCCUGGAUCAAAAAAUGAUUUGAAUGUGUUGGCACACUCACCCCUUUUUUAUAACAUGCUAAAGGGUGUAGCACCUCCGUGCAAUUAUGUCAUCAAUGGUUAUCAGUACAAUAUGGGUUAUUUCUUAGCCGAUGGUAUCUAUCCAAAGUUGACUACAAUUGUACAAGCUUUUAUUCAGACAUUAGACAUUCCCAACUAUGUGAGAUUAAACAAGUAUCAAAUGUAUAAAAGAAAGGAUGUCGAGCGUGCUUUUGGAGUGCUUCAGGGUAAAUUAAGAAUUUUCGGAUCACCAUAUGACUUUGAACAUGCAUUUGAAUAUGUUUAUAGAGACGGACAUGUGGGAGACGAAUAUAAACAUGAUGGAGAUGAUGAUGAGGAUUAUGACGAUGAGGAGGACGAUGAUGAGGACGAUGACGAUGAUGAGAAUGAUGACGAUGAUGCUGCGUACGAUGAUUCAGAGUAUAACCCGUCUCCCUUUGAAGAUUCAUCCUCUGAAUCAUCAGAUGAAGAGUAG